GCGUCCCGGCCGCUCCAUCGCAGCAGCGAACACGGCGACUGAUCCACCAUCGCAAGCAGCCGGGCCAUGGCCGAGGAGAAGCAACACCACCACCACUUCCACCACCACAAGGAGGAGGAGCAGCCCGCCAGCUAUGAGCAGUUGAAGGAGGAGGAGAAGCACCACAAGCACAAGCAGCACCUCGGAGAAGCCGGCGCGAUGGCGGCCGGCGCUUUCGCUUUGUACGAGAAGCAUGAGGCGAAGAAGGACCCGGAGCACGCGCACAAGCACAAGAUAGAGGAGGAAGUGGCGGCGGCGGUGGCGGUGGGCAGCGGAGGCUACGCCUUCCACGAGCACCACGAGAAGAAGGAAUCCAAGAAGGAGGCUGAGGAAGCGAGCGGGAAGAAGCACCACCAUCUCUUCUGAAACUAUAAAUUCCAUGCCCUGUAUGGUUGUUGCGUGUAUUUUGCUUGUAGUGCUUGUUUGUAACAUCUGCUUUCUGCCUUCUGAUGCUUUUUCAGUUGUGGAACAAAUUGCGAAAAAUAAAUGUUUUUCUAUCUCUUGAUAAA